AUGUCUUCAGGACACAAUGACCCCAAGCUUCUCUAUGCCAUCAAUGGCAUUAAUGCUUACCAUAUCGAGAAUGGCAAAGAGGAGUCCUUGACAGCUUCAGGCCCCCAAACUCUUUCCCUCUUGAUGGUCCCGACCUCCUCACCAUUCUCUGACCUAUCCUCCGCCGACCCACAAUCCCAGGCCCCAGAAGAAGACUUCUACCUCCAUCUCCAUCUACCUCCCGAGCUCGACCUCCCUCUUCCUGCAACCACCCAAAUCUACCAUCAACCGCCCAAUAGCUACCUAAUCCCAAGAUGGGACCUGGGUCCAGAGAGUGGGGCUUUUACAAGGAUAGAAUUCCCUGGUGUAGGGAGUGGCAAGGGUUCUCAAGAGGAUGUCGAUACAUUUGAGACAAUUCUCGCCCAAUGUACGGCAUUUUUGGAGCGUGCCCCGCCGCCAAAGAGCGCUAGGUCUCGUAAGUCAAAGGAAAAGAGUGCUCCUAUUGCUGCAUACGAUCCCUCUGCUUUUCAACCAGGAGAGGCAUAUGUCCCAGGCAGCUCUAGUUCGGUUGCUGGAGGUCAGAUUGUGCUGGUUGAUGAGGAGAAUGGAAGUGUAGUUGGGGAACUUGGUGAAGGUUUCCAUGUCGUGGAAGAUAUAAAGAUGAAGCCAGGAUCUAAAGACCCUGUCGAAAUCACUCUCCCACAAGAUGGUUCUCAAAACAUCGGCGUGGCCCCAGCCUCGAAAGAGUACCUCGAAAUGUCUAUGCAUCCUGCCUACAAGAAUUCUACCCUCGUCGGCAAAGCAGCCAUGGCGUCGCGCCUUAUCGUCACAACCUCAUCUUUCGUCUCCAAAACCCUAACAACCCAGGCCGAGUCCUUCACGCAAAAGACAAAGCCAAACUCCAAGCCCAUGACCUUUACCCCUACAACCCAGGCUCGCGUCCGCAAAGUCCAUACCUUCACUGAAGGGGCAGCAGGCCUGAGUUCUAAAACCGUAGGUCAGGUAGGCAAAUAUGCCCAGAACAUCGGAGCUACGCUUUCAAAGCGUGGGACGAAGGCACAUAAGGGCAUUGCACCGGAUGGCACGCUGGUGGAUGAAUAUAAGCCUGGUUUAUUGAAUAAGAGCAUGAUGGCGUUUUCUACCAUUGCUGAUGGUAUUGAUCAAGCGGGUCGAAACCUCCUUGCUUCUACCUCGACGGCUGCUACUACGGUCGUAGGCCACAAAUAUGGACCAGAAGCUGGGGAAAUCUCCAAGAGUAUUGGUGGUGGUUUCAAGAACGUUGGACUUGUCUAUAUUGACGCUGCAGGCGUGUCGAGGAAAGCUGUUGUCAAAUCUGUCGCCAAGGGUAUGGUUGUUGGCAAGGUUCGCGGGGGCGGAGAUUUGAUCGUUGGUGGUGGUGAUGGAGGUGUGAUGAGUUCGGGGGCUUCUUCAGUCAAGGAUGGCAAGGGACGCUUUAAGGAUGAUCUUAGUAUGACUGGUGGACGGGAGUCCCCUGAUGUUGUGGGGUACGGACGGGCCGCUCCGCCUGCUUAUGGAAGUGGACCUGGAGAGCCGCUUGAGGGACAGAAGGUCGCGGAUGUCAAGCGUUGA